CCUGACUGACACCCAUGGAUGUAUGAGUGCUGAUAUGCUGGGGAAGUCUUCCUUUGGUGACUGACAAACCGAGUCUCCAGGAGUCUAGUCUCCCUGUGGCUGGGAGGGGUCUGUAUGUGCAAGAUAUAUGGGCUGUAUAUACUGGGAGCUCAAGUCCAUGAAGUAGAAGUAGGAGAAAGCAUAGGCAGGAUGACAAUCAUAAAACGCUUGACAUUCAUGGCAUUUGCAGUUCAAAUUACAGGAGAAAAAAAAUCAUCAUGCCUCCCACAUAAGACAGCCCUAAGUAUUUAAGUACUCACAGGUUUUUUUUUCAGAAUUAUUAAUUGCUCAGUUGGCAAAUUGCUGUUUGAAAAAUUGACUGUCCUGACUUGACGAUGUGGUCAGCUGGUCCUUUGCCAGCCUGGGCUGUUGAGCAGAUUCUACUUGGAGAAUUAGUUGACUCUUGUCAAGGCUUGAUUCUCCCCACCCCAAGUGCAGGACUUGACCUUCUGACUCAGGACAGGCUGACAUGGGUGCCUGUGUUCAAGGCCUGCUCUGUUGGGGCCCAGCACGUACCAGGCUUCUUCCAAGAUGGGGUGGUUUCCACCUGAGUCAUCUCAACCUCACCCAGGCAGGGACUCUCCAGAUUGUUUAAGACUUGAUCUACUCCUGCCAGUGGCACGUGUGAGGCUGUGGCCUUGUGACCCAGAGUUCCUGCUGCCCACAGCAUCCACUGCCCACCCCAGGCGGGCCGGCCACUGCCCAGGGCUCCCGGUACCACUCAGGAAUGUGGGAGGUCAGCUCCAUAAAGCCUGUGUCAGGGUCCCAGGAGAUGGGGUGUAUGGGUCUCAUGCUGCCAGAGAGGCACUGGCCCAGCCACAACGCUGGGGUGGCUCCACCCAGCCUCUUCCUCUUGCCGUCUGUGCUGACUCACCACCAGGGCCAGGGCUUGUGCCCCAGAGCCCAGCCAGGCAUCUAUAAAAGCAGACUGGUUCAGGCCCCAGCAUCCUGCUUGAUCACCACCUGUCGCCGCACAAUGUUGGGAGGCCUGGGGAAGCUUGCCGCCGAGGGUCUGGCCCACCGCACCGAGAAGGCCACCGAGGAAGCUGUUGACUUCGUGGAGGGAGUGGUGAAGGAGGCGGUGAAGCCUGCCAAGGAGGCUGGAGAGAAUGCCGUUGCUGGAGCUUUAAAGAAGACCCAUGAGACAAGGGACAAAGUGGUAAAGGAAGUCACUGAGGCGGUGACCAACACAGUCACAAAUGCUGUCACGCACGCAGCGGAAGGCCUGGGCAAACUGGGACAGUGAGCGUGCCUGCCACCAGCAGGCUCUUCCUGAAUCGCAAUAAACAGCUGUGAAAUGUG